AUGGCCGGAGCCCCCACCCUGGCCCUGCUGCUGCUGGGGCAGCUGCUGGCCGCCACCAUAAACUUGACCGAGGCACAGAAAGUGGGACCUCGAGGCCCCCCUGGUCCCCAAGGGCCACCCGGGAAGCCAGGCAAGGAUGGCAUUGAUGGAGAAGUUGGUCCUCCUGGUCUUCCUGGGCCUGUGGGACCAAAAGGGGCCCCAGGGAAGCCAGGGAAGCCAGGGGAGGCCGGGCUGCCUGGACUGCCUGGCGUGGAUGGUCUGACCGGGCAGGAUGGACCUCCUGGACCCAAGGGCGCUCCCGGAGAACGGGGAAGUCUGGGACCCUCAGGGCCACCUGGGCUGGGGGGCAAAGGCCUCCCUGGACCUCCUGGAGAGGCAGGGGUGAGCGGCCUCCCAGGUGGAAUUGGCCUCCGGGGCCCCCCGGGACCCUCAGGACUCCCAGGCCUCCCUGGCCCCCCAGGACCUCCUGGCCCCCCUGGUCACCCAGGGGUGCUUCCCGAAGGUGCUACUGAUCUUCAGUGCCCGGCCAUCUGCCCGCCAGGGCCCCCAGGGCCCCCAGGAAUGCCAGGGUUCAAGGGACCCACUGGCUACAAAGGGGAGCCCGGAGAAGUCGGCAAGGAUGGCGAAAAGGGUGACCCCGGCCCCCCUGGACCCCCUGGUAUCCCGGGCACCGUGGGGUUGCAGGGUCCACGGGGCCUACGAGGACUUCCAGGGCCACUUGGACCCCCCGGGGACCGGGGUCCCAUUGGGUUCCGAGGGCCCCCCGGGAUCCCAGGAGCCCCUGGGAAAGCGGGCGACAGAGGAGAGAGGGGCCCAGAGGGGUUCCGCGGCCCCAAGGGCGACCUUGGCAGGCCUGGUCCUAAAGGCAUCCCCGGCAUGUCUGGGCCUGGUGGAGAGCCGGGCAUGCCAGGCAAGGACGGCCGGGAUGGCGUGCCAGGACUCGAUGGCGAGAAGGGAGAAGCUGGUCGCCACGGUGCCCCGGGAGAGAAGGGGCCCAACGGGCUACCGGGUCUCCCCGGACGAGCAGGGUCCAAGGGUGAGAAAGGAGAACUGGGCAGACCUGGAGAGCUGGGCGAGGCCGGCCCCUCGGGAGAGCCUGGUGUCCCUGGAGAUGUUGGCAUGCCCGGCGAGCGUGGAGAGGCUGGACACAGGGGCUCAGCGGGGGCACUGGGCCCGCAAGGCCCCCCCGGGGCCCCUGGCAUCCGUGGCUUCCAGGGCCGGAAGGGCAGCAUAGGAGACCCCGGCCUGCCGGGCCCCCAAGGCCUCCGAGGUGGCGUGGGCGACCGGGGCCCGGGAGGAGCUGCUGGCCCCAAGGGCGACCAGGGCAUCGCGGGUGCUGACGGCCUUCCUGGGGAUAAAGGAGAACUGGGUCCCAGCGGCCCUGUUGGCCCCAAAGGAGAGUCCGGCAGUCGCGGGGAGCUGGGCCCUAAGGGCAUCCAGGGCCCCAACGGCACCAGCGGCGUAGAUGGCGUUCCUGGCCCCCCUGGCCCCGUGGGCCUCCAGGGUGUGCGAGGCAUGCCCGGCAUCACUGGAAAACCUGGGGUCCCGGGGAAAGAAGCCAGCGAGCAACACAUCAGGGAGCUGUGCGGGGGGCUGGUCAGUGAACAAAUUGCGCAGCUGGCCGCGCACCUGAGGAAGCCCCUAGCACCAGGCUCCAUCGGGCGCCCGGGUCCUGCUGGCCCCCCGGGCCCCCCAGGCCCCCCAGGCUCCAUUGGUCACCCCGGGGCUCGAGGGCCCCCUGGAUACCGAGGUCCCACAGGAGAGCUUGGAGACCCUGGACCCAGAGGAAACCAGGGUGACAGAGGAGACAAAGGCUCAGCUGGCGAGGGCCUGGAUGGGCCUGACGGAGACCAAGGGCUGCAAGGACCGCAAGGCGUGCCCGGCAUCAGCAAAGACGGCCGAGAUGGGGCUCAUGGUGAGCCUGGGCUCCCCGGCGAUCCUGGCCUUCCUGGUGCCGUCGGCGCUCAGGGGCCUCCUGGCAUCUGCGACACCUCCGCCUGCCAAGGAGCCGUGAUGGCAGCUGUUGGGGAGAAGUCAGGUCCCCGGAGCUCCUAA